AUGACUGAUGCUAAUGAUGUUGAGAUGAAAGAGGAGGAGAUCGAAGAUGAAUCCGAGUCUGAAGAAUCUAGCGAAGACGAAGGAGAUGAGGUAGAGGAAGAAGAGAAACAGGCGUAUAUCCCUGGACUUUCGCGUCCUCUUAAAAAAGGAGAAGGUCUGGAUUUUGAUCCAAGUGUUUACAAAGUCUUCCAUACUUUUACUACUGACUGGCCUUGCCUUUCUUUUGACGUUGUUCCUGAUGGUCUCGGCGAAAAUCGUACAACUUUUCCUGCGGAAUGCUAUAUUGUCAGUGGAACUCAAGCUGAAAAAGACCGAGACAACGAAAUUGUAGUCAUGGGCUUGAAAAAUUUAUCGGAAAUGAGGCCACCGAAAGAAGCUAAAGGUGAUGACAGUGAUACCAGUGAAGAUGAAUCGGAAGAUGAGGAUGAAGAAUCUAUUAAGAAACGAGAACCAAUUAUGCACGGCAUGAUUAUUCCCCAUUUUGGAAGUAUAAAUCGCGUUCGUGCGGAGCGCCUUGGAGAUAGCACGGUCUGUGCUUGUUGGAAUGCUCAAGGCCGAGUUCAAAUUUGGAAUAUCACAGAAGCCUUAAAUUCAGUUCAUUUGAUGAAAGGAGGAAAACAAUCCCAAGAAAUGAAAGGGCGUUCUCUAUUCACACAUAAUGGAACUGGAAAAGAAGGAUACGGAUUGGCGUGGUCAUCAUUGAAAAAAGGAGAUUUAGCAACCGGUGAUAUUAUUCGAAAAAUUUUCAUUUGGCAAAUGAAGGAAGGAGGAGAGUGGGCAGUUGGAUCAACUCCACUAACGGGACAUAAAAAAAGUAUUGAAGAUCUGGCGUGGUCUCCAACUGAAAACGGUCUCCUUGCAUCCUGUUCUUCUGAUCAAUCUAUAAAAUUGUGGGACACUCGCGCGAAUCCUAAAGAAGCUUGUGUCUGCACUGUGAACAAGGCGCACGACUCCGAUGUUAACGUGAUUUCUUGGAAUCGGCACGAUAAUCUUAUUGUGUCAGGCGGAGAUGACGGCGAACUCAAAAUCUGGAGUUUAAAAACUAUUCAAUUCGGCCAACCAGUGGCUAGGUUCAAGUAUCACAGUGGUCCAAUCACCUCCGUGGAAUGGCAUCCACAAGAGACUACAACUUUUAUGGCAUCCAGCGAAGACGACCAAACCACUAUUUGGGACAUUGCGACUGAAGCUGACGGAGCUAACACAAUCGAAGGUGUUCCGCCCCAGCUUAUGUUCGUUCAUAUGGGACAAAAAGAAGUUAAGGAAGUUCAUUGGCACCCACAGAUCCCAGGGCUUGCCAUUAAUACUUCAAUUGACGGAUUUAACGUCUUCAAAACUAUCAAUAUUUAA